GAGAAAAUUUUCGAAACUCAACGGUUCUACGCUCCAUUGCGCUCUCUUUCUCCUUCAAACUCUAAAAAAUUCUUCAUUCUGCAAUGGCGAAGUCCAGAAAACCAAAAAAUUCUUCGGAUAGAGAAAAAUGGAACAAAGUGUUCAACGCUUUAGUUCACAUGUUGAAAUCACAGCAGACGCAGCUUGAAUCCCUUGCAAAAGAGAGAAUGAUACUUGAAGAUCGGAUAAAAUUACAGAAUGAUCGAUGGGUAUCUGAUAUUGAUAGAUUUCAAGAACAAAUUUAUGAGAUGAGGAAAAAAUUUACAAUUCAAGAGAUGGAGCGCAUGCUUGAGGUUGCGAAAUCGGAGUUCGUUGUUGGUUUGAAGCAACGAGAUGUUGCCGUGUUCCAAAGAAAGUUCGAAAAUGCAGAUAGUGAACUGGCUGACUUCAGAGAAUGGUUUGACUACCUCUCUCAGAAAUGCUCUGAACCAAAUGAUGUACCAAGGGCUGCAACAAAUGAAAAGUCAGAGACAAGAAAAAAGGCUUGGGAAGAUGAGGUGAGAAGGCUUAAAACAGAAAAUGAGAAGCUUACUUCAGAGAAAAAUUCUGAGAUAUCUGCCCUCUUGGCAGAAAAGGAUUUUAUUUGGAACCAGUUCAACAAACUGGAGCACGACAUGGCUGAGCAAUUGAGGAGAAAAUGUACUGAGCUAGAGCAUGCAAAUGGUAAAAUACAGGCAUUUACGUGGAACAUUGAGGAAUUACAAUCGUCCAACGCUAAUAAGGAUAAUACAAUUGCAACAUUAAGAAGUCAAUUGGAUAAUACAACUGCAACAUUGAGAAGUCAAAUGGCCAAAUUGGAAGCUGACUCCGUCACUAAGAGUGGAGAGAUAUCCAAACUUUCUACUGAACUAGCGUUGCUAAAGAAGUGCGGAAGUGCCUCUGUCACUCCCGUGCUGCGUCGCUCCACAACUGGAUCAGGACCUUCGAAGUUGGGAGGCACGUCCCGUGGAACAGAUCAGAAGUAUUUAACUGUCAAAGUAGAAAAACAAUCUUCACAUGCCCUUGAAAAGGGACAGAGAAGUUCCAAACGAAAAGCUGGUAAUAGUAUCUUGGGUGCUCCAAAUCUCUUCACAUCCUCAUUUAAGGUACCUAAAUUAAAAAUGUCAUCUCCCUGUGUGACAUGACCUCGUCACCAGAACUUCGGUUUGUAUCUAUAUUAGAUGAUAGAUUUUAGGUACAUACGUUCAUUUAUUGGAU